AUGCCUCGGAGCCCUAUUCGAUAUAGAAGCAACGAUGGCAAGGAACAAUCUAAACAGCAACAAACACUGUGUAUAUACACCAGCAUCAUGACUAUCCAACAGACCACCAUGCAGCCGACUGAGCGACAGCACAGCUCAGGCUCCCUUGACAGCUUCGACCCGAUCAUGGUAACUCCCGUGAUUGGCAACGAGUUCGCCAAAGGAACUUGCAAUAUCGUUGACGAUAUCUUACAAGCCCCCAAUGCAGACCAACGUAUUCGCGACUUGGCCAUCAUGAGUGUGUUACUCCCUCCAAGAAAGCUAUCACUCAAAGCCAUGCUGACUCUAGCAGUCGCCGAACGGGGCGUUGUUUUCUUCCGUGCCCAAGACAAUCUCACGAAUGAUUUGCAAAAGGAACUCAUCCUUCGCCUGGGUGAGCUGACCGGUCGUCCAUCCACCCACGGCCUGCACAUUCACCCGGUCACCAAUGAUGCACGCGAAUUCGGUGACCCGGACCCUCAAAUCAGCACCAUCAACUCUGAAGGCCGCAAGACUCUCUAUAAGGGAUCUGAUUAUACCAAGAUGGCGGCAGUCUGGCACAGCGACAUCUCGUUCGAGAAAGCUCCCGCCGACUUUUCGAGUCUGCGACUGGUGCAACUGCCCAAAACGGGCGGUGACACGCUUUGGGCGUCUGGUUACGAAAUCUAUGAUCGCAUCAGUAAGCCCUACCGGGCGUUUUUGGAGACAUUGACAGCCACACACACAGGUGUCGGCUUUAUGAGGCUGGCACAGACGGGGAAGUUCCAUUUGUAUGAAAAGGAGCGCGGAGCCCCCGUCAAUAUUGGAGGAGACCUAUCGGCUGUUCAUCCGGUCGUAAGGACCAACCCAAUCACAGGAUGGAAAUCCAUUUUCCCUAUCGGCUCUUUUCCUACGCAGAUCGACGGGUUGACUCGUAGAGAGAGCGCCAGCAUGCUGCAGUGGUUUCAUGAUAUGAUCACCCACGGACAUGAUCUCCAGGUCCGUUUCAAAUGGAACAGUCCUAACGAUAUCGCGAUCUGGGACAACCGCAGCGUCUUUCAUACCGCGACGGGCGACCAUGAAGGGUUUGGCCCACGGAGUGGUAACCGGGCUGUGGGGGUGGGCGAGGUUCCGUACUUUGAUCCGGGCAGCAAAUCACGCAGAGAAGAGCUGGGCAUUGUAGAUGACCUUGCUCCCUGCCACUGGUAG